CGAAGCCUUAAACAGGAGGAGAUCAACGAACCAGUUCCGGGGCAUGGAUCCAGAACAGUAUAGGGAUAAACAUGAAGUCCCCUGUAAAUUUGGAUGUUUGUCCAGCAAAACAGCGGUCACUUUUCAGAACAUCGAGGCUGACGAAGCAAAAAGCGCAAUCCAAUCCAAUAGUCUUUGAGUAUCAUCGCAUAAGACCCAAUCAAUCAAUUUUGAUCUCCCAUUUUUCUUAUCCUUAACUCAAACAAGAAGUCUUGGGAUUGCAGUUGUGCAAAAGAUUUGAUUUUGAAGACUAGUGAGAUUUAGCGAUGGGUAAUGCUUCUUCCAUGCUGACUCAGUAUGAUAUUGAAGAUGUGCAAGAUCACUGUAACCAUCUUUUUACUCAGCAAGAGAUAGUGUCACUGUAUGAGAGGUUCUGCCAACUUGAUAGGAAUGCAAAGGGUUUCAUUUCAGCUGAUGAGUUUCUAUCAGUUCCUGAGUUUGCUAUGAACCCACUCUCUCAGAGAUUGCUUAAGAUGGUGGAUGGAUUGAAUUUUAAGGACUUUGUGGCAUUUUUGUCAGCUUUCAGUGCCAAAGCAAGCAUGCAACAGAAAAUUGAACUUAUCUUCAAAGUAUAUGAUUCUGAUGGCAAUGGAAAGAUCUCCUUCGACAACAUAAUGGAAGUGCUUCAGGAUUUGACUGGACCAUUCAUGUCUGAUGACCAAAGAGAGAAUGUAUUGAGCCAAGUUCUUCGUGAGGCUGGUUAUACAAGAGAUUCCUUAUUGUAUUUGGAUGACUUCAUUAAGGUGUUCGACUACCCCGGUUUGAAGAUGGAGGUGGAGGUCCCGGUUGACUAGCUCUGCAGUUGCGGGAAAUUUACCUUAACAACUGAGCAUUUACAAGAAAGAGCAGCAUGUAAUUUUUAUAAUAAAGUCUGCCCUUGUUCAUGAGGAGUUGAUGUUGAUGCCAUUCAUAUCCCCAAUGUAUACAUCUUACCUUGUUUAUGUUGCCAUAUCACUCCAUUCCUCUUCCACAUACUUUGCUGUGACUCUCUUGAAAGAUAUGAUUUGUUUGUGGGAUUGUCAUUUCAUUCUCUAUAUACAAAUUUUCAAGAUUUA